AUGUCGUGGAGAGAAGAGGAUAAGUUGGAAAUUUUCCGUAUUUCUAAUACAAAGGCUUUUCUAUUGCUGGAUGAGCUUUUACAAAAAGAAAUACCAAAUUGCAGUGGAGAAGACAAAUUAUAUUUUAACAAAAGGUCUAACGACUUAGACUUCACCCCAGAAGAAUCCAUAUCUAGUGGUCUUUCUACUAAAAGAAAAAAGAAGAACAACCAAACUUUUAUUCUAGAGGUGUGCAAGCAUAAAGUCUACGCUCAAAUAUACAGAAUGGUUGAGUCUCUUGAGCCAGAUAAUACUAACUAUGCAGACUAUACCAAUCUCCUUAUAAUACUGCAAACAGCCGUGCGCAACUCUCUGAUCAUUAAGAUAAGAAAAAAGCAUAUUCAAACUUUCCAGAAUAAAGUAAUUUUUAAAGGAAUACUUGUACGCGUGCUUGAGCAGAUUAUUAUAGAGCGAACUAAAAUCAUAGAUAAACAUCUGUUCAAAUUAGAAAACGCAGAUUCCUUUAGCCCAGAAAACAUUAAAACCACUCUGUGCGAUGCAGCUAAUGAGCUAAUACAGAAUAACAUUUUAGAAAAGAUCCAGCACGCUAUGAAUCUCUGGUGCUCCAAUCUUAAAGAAGUAAAGACCAUUGCAUUUUAUCCAUACAUAACAUGCUCCUACUAUCUAUUCUUAGACAAGUGCUUUACCAAUAAAAUAAUGAAUAGAAAGCUCUAUGCAGAUCUGCUGACGCUCACACACGCAUACUAUAUGCAAGAUCUUACAGAGGAGGACAUGCAGACCGCACACAAAAUGAAUCUUUUUUCUCUGGAAGGUAACCAAAGCGAGUAUAAUAUAGAUGUGGCUAUUAAUGCUCUAUUUAAUAACCGUUAUGUGGCGAUAGAUAUUCGAAGUAGCGACGUAAAGUCAUCAUAUACUCCACCAAUAGAUAAAGCCAAUAAGAUUCUGUUGCUUGCCUUAAAGCAUAGAUGGCAUGAAGUGACGAAUUUCUAUCACAGACUUCAUCCUAUUAUAUAUUCCCAGGUAGAAGCUCUUUUUAUGGAGGGACUUUUCGUAAAAGACAACUGCACUUCACCACACAUAGAAAAUAACUAUAUGCUGUGUGUAGAAAGGUACUAUAGGGAGCUAAUCAAGAAUAGAGAGGCAAUUGAGACAAAGUUUGGCCCACAGUAUCCUAUCUAUAGUGAUUAUUGCGAGUUUCGAAUAAAUAUCCUUAGAAGUCUUAUAGAUCUUGAGGCUGGAGUUCAGUCUAUAAAGGGAUGUGAAGACAAAAAUAGUUGGUGCUUUAAAAUGCCAGGUCUUCCAGAAACAAAUAAGCCAAUUUUUAUGCUGGCCUUGGCUCUAUUGAGUGGAAGCACUAUAUUGCAGUGGAUCACUGAAACUGCGUCGCAUUCAUGA